AUGAAAAUUAUCGUUGGUUGGAAUUUCUGUGCGACUGAAAACACAGCAGCGGCAAGUUUUUGGGAUUCUCCAUACCAUUUGUCGGGUUUUGAAUUAACAGGUAACAAAUUAGUUGGAAGCACGGAUCGACACCUGGUACACUCGGAUGAUGUUAUCGGUGUAUCCGGCGAAGAGGGUUUGUCCGUCUUGAGACCAGGCCAAAGAGAUACACUGUGGGCUGGAUCCUCUUCCGUUUCCGGAGCUGGCGAUUUCUGGCUUGAGCUCUUCGAUCUCCUUCUUGUCCUCGAGGUCCCAGAUCUUGAUGGAAGAUCCAACAGCGGCGCAGAGCCAGUAUCUGUUUGGUGA